AUGUCUGCUUCUCCAACACAACCAACCCAGUCGGCCAAGCGCCCUUUGGAAGAAGCUUCUUCGCCCUCACGCGCUGGUGAUCAGCCUGAUGCCAAACGACCUGCUCUCGACAAGAACAAGCACGACGACGAUGUUGAGGUCCCCGAAGCUCCCACCGACGUCCCUGCAGAGGACCAUGAUGAUAAGGUCAACGGAGCCCAUAAGUCUGAAGAUGAUGACGAUACCACUUUGGACCAUGCAUCCGACACGAAGGCCGCCGCUGCCGCCACAGUUGCUGCCUCUGCAUCCAACGCUGUAACAUCUGCUGCUGCCCAUGACGAGACCUCAUGGAUUCAUAUUCGCGCUGUUAUCUCGAGCCCGGAGGCAGCUACCGUCAUUGGAAAGGGGGGCGAGAAUGUUUCCAACAUCAGGAAGCUUUCCAAUGCUAAAUGCACAGUCAGCGACUACCAAAAGGGGGCCGUUGAACGUAUUCUUACUGUUAGCGGCAUAGUGGACGCUGUAGCUAAGGCUUUUGGCUUGAUCAUCCGAACACUGAACAAUGAACCCCUAAACGAAUCCUCAACCGCGUCUUCAAAAACAUAUCCCUUACGGCUACUCAUUCCGCAUAUUUUGAUCGGCUCCAUCAUUGGUAAGGGUGGUGCCCGUAUUCGUGAGAUCCAAGAGGCAUCUGGUGCUCGGUUGAACGCUUCUGACUCAUGCUUGCCCAUGUCAAGCGAGAGAUCGCUGGUAGUGAUGGGUGUCGCUGAUGCUGUCCAUAUCGCAACUUACUAUGUUGGCAGCACCCUUCUCGAACAGCUCAAUGAUAGGUUUGGAGGUCCUGCUGCGUCUGCCUACGCAACCCGUAGCGGCGCCCCUGCUGGCUCGAUCCCAGGAGGUAUGCAGGUUGUUCCCUACUCACCCCAACCGGCCUCAGGCCACUACGGACGAAGUGAAAAUUACGGCCGCCACAACGACCGGCGAUCUCACCAUAUGCCACCCGCGCCUUAUCCUCAGCAAUACCCCCAUGCAGCUGCUCAGGCCAACCCUGCCAUGCCUAUGCAUUAUGGCGGUGCUCAGGGAGGGGGUGCAUAUGGCGCAGCUCCCCAUGCCCAACCGCACAUGGCCCCCCAUGCUGGUCCUCAACCUCAUGCUGGUGCUCCCCAAGCUCAGCCCAUGGGCGGUGCCAUCCCCGGCGGGCCUAUCACACAGCAGAUUUACAUCCCGAACGACAUGGUCGGUGCUAUCAUCGGCAAGGGUGGACAGAAGAUCAAUGAGAUCCGCCAGAUGAGCAACAGCGUGAUCAAGAUCAACGAGCCGCAGGACAACAGCAACGAGCGACUGGUGACCAUUACCGGAACGGAGGAAUGUAACCGUAUGGCAUUGUACAUGCUCUACUCUCGACUUGAAUCGGAGAAACAUCGUAUCUAA